AUGCACCUGUAUCCUUUUUUUAUCAAAGCUCUGUCUUUGUUGACUGCUUCGGCGGUUGUGACAGCAGCGUCUGCAAAGCAAUAUGAAAUCGUCGAGCAGCUGACCAAAGUCCCGAGCGGAUGGGUACGAGGUCCACGACCCUCGCCCUCGAUGUUGAUGCAAUUCCGUCUUGCAAUGCGACAGCCACGAGCCGCUGAAUUUGAGCAACAUGCAUUAAAUAUCGCAACCCCCGGACACGAGAUGUACGGCAAGCACAUGAAGCGCGAUGAGAUCAGAGCCUUCCUGCAACCUUCCGCCGAGGUCCAAGAUGCCGUCGUGUCGUGGCUGCACUCAGAAAAUGUUUCCGAAAAUUUGAUGGAGGUAAACGGUGAUUGGGUCAAAUUUAUUGUUCCAGUGAAACAAGCAGAACGGAUGCUGAACACCACGUUUUAUAUAUACCACGAUGAAGCACAAACCACGUUCAGAGUUCGCACCUUAGAAUACUCAGUACCUAGAGAGGUCUACCAGCAUGUUCAGCUGAUUCAGCCAACGACCCACUUCGGCCGGAACAAGGCUCACAAAAGCCUUGUUCUCAACCAAAAGGAACUUGAGCUAGGUAUCGGGGUUGAUUGCAACACAUCUAUUACGCCAGAUUGCUUACGAGAAUUGUAUAAGCUGGGUGACUUUGAGGCAAGUCCAGAUUCUCGCAAUAAGCUAGGUAUCUCUGGGUACUUGGAGCAAUAUGCGAGAUACGAUGACCUUGAAGUCUUCUUGGAAGAAUUUGCGCCCACCAUGACGAAUUCCAACUUCACAGUGCAAUCUAUAAAUGGUGGCCUAAACGACCAGACCUCAAAUCUUGACAGCGUCGAGGCAAGUCUGGACAUUCAGUAUGGGAUUGCUUUAUCGUAUCACGUUCCAACAAUCUUCUUUACCACCGGCGGUCGGGGCCCUCUUGUUCCCGACCUGAGUGAACCUGACGCUAAUGCCUCAUCCAACGAGCCCUAUUUGGAACAACUCCAUUAUUUAUUAGAUCUAUCAGAUGAAGAGUUGCCAGCAGUGUUAUCUACCUCCUAUGGCGAAGAUGAACAGACUCUUCCUGAGUCGUACACCAAUACUACAUGCAACCUAUUUGCUCAACUCGGAGCCCGGGGAGUGUCAAUUAUCUUUAGUAGUGGAGAUGAAGGAGUCGGCGAGGCGUGCCUUACGAACGAUGGCACCAACAGGACGACUUUCAACCCCAUCUAUCCAGCUUCCUGUCCAUUUGUCACCUCCGUCGGAGGUACUUACCGAAUCAAUCCAGAGCGAGCAGUAAGCUUCUCGUCUGGUGGGUUUUCCGAGCGCUUCUCUCGGCCAUCAUAUCAAGACAAUGCUGUUAGCUCUUACCUAUCCGUUCUCGGUGAUCAGUGGCAGGGUCUCUACAACCCUAAUGGACGAGGAUUUCCAGACGUGGCUGCUCAGGCCCAUGCCUUCAUCGUGCGGGACCAUGGUAGAUUCGUACAAGUCGACGGAACGAGCGCCUCCGCACCAACUUUUGCAGCCAUUAUCGCGGAUUUGAACUCUGUGCGAUUAACGAACAACCAGUCUACGCUCGGUUUCUUAAACCCAUGGCUAUAUGGCUUGGAUGGAUCCGGGUUCACGGACAUUGUUGACGGGGGCUCCACUGGCUGCACAGGACUUGAUUCGCAAUCAGGAGAGACUGCACCAUAUGUUCCUUACGCAAGUUGGAAUGCGACUACUGGUUGGGAUCCUGUGACAGGCAUGGGAACGCCGCUUUUUGAUGCUUUGUCUCAACUUGCAUUGAAAGCAUAA